GACGUAGGACUGACGUUCUAGGAAGUGUCUUGAAGACAACAAAAAAUGAAUCUGGUUAAUCACCACUAAAGUGUUACAUGCGAUGGCAGUAACAGAAAAACUGCUAUAAUGACUGUACUGCAGCAUUUGAAACUCCUCCUAUAGAAACGCUGUUGCGUGGCGAUUCGGUGCUAAAAAGACCUAACGAGUUCCAUACCACUCAGCCUUACAGAAGACACUGACGAUUCCAAACCACCGCAAUGUCUUCUGGCUGUCCACCCCAGUCACCUGCUGUGGCAAAGUCUGAAGUGGCAAUAGAGGGAGAAUGCCCACUGCUGGCUGCCACCUUUGCCUACUGGGACAACAUCCUGGGACCACGGGUGCGCCACAUCUGGGUACCAAAGGGUGACCAGUUGAUGUUCCUCAGCGAUGGAGAGGUCACGUUUUUGGCCAAUCACACACUUAAUGGAGAGAUUCUGCGUAGCGCUGAGUGUGGCGCUGUGGAUGUGAAGUUCUUUGUCCUUGCAGAAAAGGGCGUCAUCAUUGUGUCUCUCAUCUUUGACGGCGAGCUGAAGGGGGACAAGAACACGUGUGCCCUGUCCAUUAUCCUACCUCAGACAGAGCUGGCCUUCUACCUGCCUCUGCACACCAUCUGUGUGGAGAGGCUAAAACACGUCAUUCGCAAGGGGCGCAUUUGGAUGCAGAAGGGCUACAACAUCAUCUCAGUGUUGAGCUUGGAGAUUGUCCCGAUCAUGGAACUGCUGGCAUCUAUGAAGACACACAGUGUGCCAGAAGACAUAGAUAUAAAAGACACCGUGCUAAAUGAUGAUGACAUCGGGGACAGCUGCCAUGAGGAUUUCCUCCACAAGGCCAUCAGCUCUCAUCUGCAGACUUGCGGCUGUUCAAUAGUAGUUGGAAGCAACCCAGAGAAAGUAAAUAAGAUUGUGCGGACUCUCUGCCUCUUCCUCACCCCAGCCGAGAGGAAGUGCUCUCGCCUCUGCAAGGCCGACUCUUCCUUCAAAUAUGACACCGGCCUGUUCGUUCAGGGUCUGCUCAAGGACUCCACGGGUAGCUUCGUCCUGCCCUUCCGUCAGGUUCUCUACUCACCCUACCCAACCACUCACAUUGAUGUCGACAUCAACACGGUGAAGCAGAUGCCUCCGUGCCACGAGCACACAUACAACCAGCGGCGCUACAUGCGCUCUGAGCUAAGCACGCUCUGGAAGACGGACAGCGAGGAGGACAUCCCCCCAGACACAGUCAUCCACACUGACGAAACCUUCACACCUGAUCUGAAUAUAUUCCAGGACGUCAUGCAUAAAGACACUUUGGUGAAGUCCUUUAUAGAUGAGGUGUUCAUGCUGAAGCCGGGCCUGUCCCUGCGGAGCACCUAUCUGGCCCAGUUCCUGCUGCUGCUCCACAGGAAGGCCCUCACGCUGCUCAAGUACAUCGAGGACGAAACGCAAAAAGGGAAGAAGCCAUUUCGAUCCCUGCGCAAUUUAAAGACGGAUCUGGAUCUGACGGUGGAAGGAGACCUGAACAUUGUAUUGGCCUUCGCUGAGAAGCUAAGGGCAGGACUGCACUCGUUUGUGUUUGGGAAGCCAUUCUACACCAGCAUGCAGGAGCGAGACGUACUCAUGAGCUUUUGACUUUUAUUCUUUACUUGCACUUUAUUAAGACAGUUAAUGAAAACAGAUGUUUUUGUGGUAUCGUUAUUGAUUUGUUUAUUGUUACAUGAAAGCAUGCAAAUGUGUAUUCAUGAGACAACCAUUAGCCUGAAUAUUUGUUUCUGCUUCGCUGAAAUGAACAUUUUGCCUUCCUCUUGUGUCUUGAUCAAUGCAUAGCAUGAUUUCAAAGAGCAAUUGUUACUGCUGUUAUGAGCCAUUAAAAUUAAAGUUUUGAUAUAUCGCCUCAAUCAACUGUAAGCAUAAUGUGAGCUUAAUGUUUUUAGAAGACUUAAAUUAUUCUCUGUGGGAUGAAUUAUUCAUGUAUUCUAUGCCUUCCGUUAAUAGAGGAUCUGUAUUAAUUUAUGGUGUUAAAAUUGGCUGAGGUGCCCACGAGGACAUUUGCAAUUUAAUUUAAAUUAUAUUUAUUAAAACAUGAGUUAUUAGUUUCUCCCCUGCCAGUGUUAUACAACAACCUCUGUUGGCCUUUGAACCUUUUUUACACAUGGAUUGUCUUUUUUUUUUUCUUUUUUCUUUUGUAAUUCAAUUCAUGACCACAUGUGCUGAAUGCGAAUGGCAGCGAUUGGGUGACAUAGCAGAAAAAGCUGUGAGUAAUCAUAAAGCAUGAGGAUUUCAAUAAAGAAAAAAAAAAUACAAAAGCCCCGUAAAUUAAAUCUUAUCAGAGUCCCUCCUGAAAAGCUGAUCUCUGUCUGUAGCUUACUGUGAGCAUCAUCAUUAAAUACCUUUACCUUUACUUUAUUCAGUUGUGUGUUAAAUGGAUUUGCACUAAGUUAUUUUCUCCCACAGCAACAACCUGGCUAUUAUUUGGAAAUAUGUAUCUUAAAGUCAGUCUAUAUUGUUUAUUUGCUUUCAGCAUUGCUUCAAAAAUGUUGAUUGUUUUGACAUUGUAAUAUGUUGAUCAUGUUAUGUCAUACUUUUUUAGAUUUUUAUUACAAAUGCAUCAAAUGUCAUAGAGUUUGCUCCCCUUUUUACUUUGACUGAUUUACUUUGUCUUAGAUGACCUUUUGUCUAAUUAUUCAGAUGCAGCAAUGAAUAAUAAACACUAUGGUAUCAAACUUAA